AUGGCGGAAUGUGUAAAUAAAGAAGAGGAAGAUGACCCGGAUGUUCGCUACGGCAUCGCAGCCGGCAACGUGGGCGGCGCCUUCUCGGUGGACCCGGAGACGGGCGACGUGCGGGUCGCCAGGACGCUAGACUUCGAAACCCGCAGCAGGUACGAGCUGGUGCUGGCGGCGGUGUCCUCGGAGGGCCGCGUGGUGGGGCAGGCGACGCUGCUCGUGCGGGUUCGCGACGCCAACGACCUGGCGCCAGCGUUCGAGCAGCCCGUGUACCGCGCCACCGUCCAGGAGGAGAACUCCGCACACCUGCCGCGCAGGAUUCUCACGGUGAAGGCGGUGGACGGAGACACGGAGAGGCCACAGGAAGUGGUCUACUUCAUCACCGGGCCCGGCGUUAACCCCGACAACCCAUCGGCUGGCAACUUCCGCAUCGACCCAAACACAGGGGACAUAUUUCUUCUCAGGGCGCUGGACCGCGAUCCACCGGAUGGGAGACCGCACUGGCGCUUCACGGCUUUCGCUCAGGACGAGGCGGGCCAGGGACUGGUGGGGUAUGCCGACGUCCACAUCGCCGUCACAGACGUCAACGACAACGCUCCCGUCUUCCCGCAGGCGCUCUACUGGGGCUCCGUGACUGAGAACAGCUCAUCCGGGGAGAUAGUAGCCAACUUGACAGCUACUGAUAAUGAUGAUCCAGAUGAAGGAACUAAUGCAAAGAUAACAUACACUAUUGAGAAGAAUGUCAUUGAAGAAGACAGUGGAAAACCAAUAUUUGAGAUUGAUCCUGACACUGGUUUCAUCAGGACAGCCAUUUGCUGCCUUGAUCGUGAACGCACUGCUGAGUACUCGAUUCAGGUUGUCGCUGUGGAUGGUGGAGGACUGAAAGGCACAGGUACAGUUUCCAUCUUGGUGAAAGAUGUCAAUGACAUGCCACCAGAGUUUACAAAGGCAGAAUGGAUUACUGAAGUUGAUGAAACAGAUGGAUUAACUGUGCCAGAAGACACAAUUCUAACUGUUACUGUUCAUGAUCAGGAUGAAGUAAGCUCUUUGCAAUACAAGGUUGUUGAGAAUAGUGGCUAUGGCUCUGAUAAAUUUGUACUGAUUCCAAAUUUUGAUGGGAGCGCAGCACUGAAAGCCAUUAAGCCAUUAGACUAUGAAGAAGGGAAACAUAAUAAUUAUUUUAGGUUCAAAAUACAAGUUACUGACAAGGACACAAAUAAUGACACUGAUGAGUAUCAUACCAGAUAUUCGUGGGUUGUGAUAAAAUUACGAGAUAUAAAUGACAAUCAACCAAUUUUUGAGAACAGUAUAUGCGAAGUUUCUGUUGAAGAGAACACAGAAGUUAAUACAUCUUUAGUUACAUUUAGGGCAACAGAUGCAGAUAAAGGUGGGAAAAGUAAAGUACAAAUUUUGGCAGUUGAUGAUGGAUUUCCACCAAAAACUUCAACAGCAACUUUGAUUCUACUAGUUAAAGAUAUAAAUGAUAAUGCCCCCGUAUUCCAGCACAAUUAUCAGCCUGUCGUACAAGAAAAUGCUUCUCCAGGAAUCAUUUUAGAAAUUUUUGCAAGUGAUGAAGAUGACAGUCAUAUUGGAAAUGGGCCACCUUUCACUUUUCAAAUGGCAGAUGAUGCAGAUGAUGCUAUAAAAUCCUCAUUUCUCAUUGAAAAUAUUCACAGUGGUGCUAAUGGAAAUGGCUCAGCUGUUGUGUCAUCUCUGCUGUCAUUUGAUAGAGAAUCACAAAAGAAAUAUCUAAUUCCUAUAGUCAUUAAGGACUCUGGUAAUCCUGUAAUGUCUGGAACAUCGACUCUCACUAUCACAGUUGGUGAUGAGAAUGAUAAUUCUAUGGCUCCUGGAAACAAAGAGAUAGUUGUUUAUAAUUAUAUGGUGCAUACUUCAGAAGCUGAAAUUGGCAGAGUCUUUGUUGAUGAUGCAGAUGAUUGGGACUUUCCUGAUAAAAGGUUCUUUUGGCAUGGACAUCAGCCUGAUAAAUUUAUACUUGAUGAGAAAUCAGGAAUGAUAAAAAUCAAGAAAGGUAUAGAAGCAGGAAGAUACACCUUGCAAUUCAAUGUGUAUGAUCAUCAACAUGGUCAAGUUGACAUAUUGGCGAAUGUCUCAGUUAUUGUAAAAGAUAUUUCUUAUAAUGUAAUUGCCAAUUCUGGUUCAAUCAGAAUAUUACAUUUGUCAGAUGAAAACUUCAUCAGGAAAAUCUUCAACAAGAAUGGAAAAGCUGUGCCAGAAAUGGAAUGGAAAAUCUAUGCCAGUGUUGGUGAGAGCCAUGCUGGUAGCAGAGAGAGCCAUGGCAGAAGAGCAGUUCCAAAUGCUGAGAGUAUGAGCCCAAAGUCCUGGGGCAAAGGCAGUGACAGGGUCAUGUGUGAAGACAAGCAAACAUGGCAACCAGGAAGUGCAGUGUGGGAUCUAAUUCUUUCAGCAGGGGCAGACACCGGCUUGUCAGCAGAACGUCAGCACAGUGCCAGCAGACAAUGGGAGAUGAGGGCUCAAACCAUCAGCAGCCACUAG